GCUUCCGAAAUCCGAAGCAGAGAAACUCGAAUCCUCCCUUCCCAAACCCUACCGCCACCGUCCCGUCCCUCGCCAUGGCGGAGCCCUCGCCGCCGCCGGCGUCCAACCCCGGCCUCCGUAUCCUCCUCGCCAAGGACCGCCCGCCCACCUCCUCUCCGUCCACGCUCGCGGCCGUCUCCAGCCACGCCGACCGCGACCGCAUCAUUGGAGUGUUCCGGAACGCGCUGUCCAGGACUGAAUCCCCGGAGGUGUUCGCCCUACAAGCAGUUCAGGAAGCAAUUAAGCCUCAGAAACAAACCGUGCUGGUUCUAGAGGAGAACCAGUCCUUGGAGAAUGCUCUUCGGAGAUUACUGCAGGAACUUGUGUCUUCUGCAGUUCAGUCGGGCAAAGGAAUUAUGCAAUAUGGAAACUCAUUGGACAGCGGAGAAAGUAAUUGCCUGAUAACACACCUUCUUGAUAUCAUGCUCUACCUCUGUGAAAGAGGGCAUGUUGAGGGUGGUAUGGUAUUCCAGCUGUUAGAAGAUCUGACGGACAUGUCUACUAUCAAGGACUGCAAAGAUGUCUUUGGGUAUAUCGAGAGCAAGCAGGAUGUCUUAGGGAAGCAAGAGCUAUUUGGGCGUGGCAAGUUGGUUAUGCUGAGGACCUGCAACCAACUUCUACGAAGACUUUCAAAGUCGAACGAUGUGGUGUUCUGCGGACGCAUUAUCAUGUUUCUGGCACAUUUCUUCCCGUUAUCGGAGCGUUCAGCUCUCAACAUUAAGGGAGUUUUUAACACAUCAAACGAAACUAAGUAUGAAAAAGAUGCCACCGGUGGAAUUUCUGUUGAUUUCAACUUCUACCAGACCCUGUGGAGUCUACAGGAGCAUUUCAGGAACCCAGCUUUGACAACUACAAACCCAACAAAAUGGCAAAAGUUUGCUUCUAAUUUAACGGUCGUGUUAAACACAUUUGAAGCUCAGCCUCUCUGCGAUGAUGAUGGAAAACAUAACAAUCUUGAGCAGGAGGAAGAUGCUGCUUUCAAUAUUAAGUACCUUACUAGCAGUAAAUUGAUGGGUUUGGAGUUGAAGGAUGCAAGUUUUCGACGCCACAUUCUUGUUCAAUGCCUUAUAUUUUUUGACUACCUCAAGGCGCCUGGAAAGAGUGACAAAGAGGGUCCAUCUGAGAGCAUGAAAGAGGAAAUCAAAUCCUGUGAAGAGCGUGUUAAGAACCUUCUGGAGAUGAUUCCACCAAAAGGGAAGGAAUUUCUUCAAAGCAUCGAGCAUAUUCUUGAGCGGGAGAAAAACUGGGUUUGGUGGAAGAGAGAUGGAUGUCCAGCAUUUGAGAAACAACCUUUCGAAAAGAAGCCAGGUGGAGUCAGAAAACGUAAGCCAAGGUGGAGAUUGGGGAACAAAGAACUUGCCCAACUGUGGAAAUGGGCAGAACUAAACCCUAAUGCUUUGACUGAUCCUGACCGAGUUCGCACUCCAUCAGUUACAGAAUAUUGGAAACCACUUGCAGAUGAUAUGGACGCAUCAGCUGGAAUUGAGGAGGAGUAUCACCACAAAAAUAACCGUGUUUAUUGCUGGAAAGGUUUACGAUUUUCAGCCCGACAAGAUUUGGACGGAUUUUCUCGAUUUUGUGAAUACGGGAUCGAAGGGGUUGUACCUACAGAACUGUUACCACCGGAAGUUCGUGCCAAAUAUAAUUCAAAGCCUGGUGAAAAGGCUAAACGACCUAAAAGGGAAGAUACCAAAGGCGCUUCAGCUCAACCCAAAGAGCAACAGGUUGCGGCCACACCUGAGACGGACGGUGGCGGCAGCGGGGCUGACCAGGAAGAAGGUGCUGUGCCAAUGGAUUCCGAUAACGUCGCGAUAGAGGAUGGCCAGAAGCAGAGCCCAGGCGAAGUCUCCGGGCCUGAAUCCGGGCAGUGCGAACCUGAAGACGAUGUUGACGAUAAUGUGAAAAGCGAGCCUAAAGAUUCUCGAUAAUGGGAGCCAAGAGAAGCCAUAGAAUUUCCACCGAGAAAAUGCUGUAUCAUGUUUCCAUGAUUUUUGAUUGAAUUUUGCUAUAGAGCCCCAAGUCGAGGCACCUAGUUGGAACAUCAACUUAUGUUUGUUAUGUAGGAUCAAGCUAAUGUUUUCUCGAGCAUUAGUUGUUACCAUGUUUUGAAAUGACAUGUAUAACAUGUAAAUAUACCAACUAGCAAAGCUCGAUCCAAUCCUAGGCCAGCCAGCUCUACAUUUCGAAAUUUGAAUCCUGGUUUCAAGCGCAA